AUGGGGCCUCCGGUAUCAUUAUCAUCGACGGAGUUUGGUUAUCGACGGGCAAGAAUAAACCGCACGAUGGCAGAUAUUUAUAUAUUACUUCUGAUACGUUUUUACCUGCGUCGGAACAACCAACCGUCUUUUACGUUCAUCAGAAUUAAGCUGUCGAAUUAUAGUAGCAACAUGCACUGGUCGCUGCCAUCUUAG